CACCCAGCGCCCGGUGGAGAGAGAGAGAGGGGGGGGAGAGGGAGACAGCAGGAUGAGGGACGGAGAGGUGCGCGCGGACAGAACGCACCUACCAGGCCGCUCGCUGGAGGCGAUCCGCACUGCUUCAUCUCCGCAAUGAAGAGGGAUGUGACGAGGCAUCUGAGCAGGACGGCAGAUGAGAGUUGCGCUGUCUUGGAGACACUCUUCUUCCGGUGAUCUCGAGGGCUCGGGGUGUGUGUGUGUGUGUAUUUGUGCGGGACGAGGGGCGCGCGGCUGCCGGCUGCUCCGCUCUCGCUCAACCGUGGACCGAAGACGAUCCCUGCUCGCUGUCUUUAUUUCAACCUGCGCGGAACUCUCCCCCGGGGGGGGGGGCGACUGGUCUUCGCCAUGAGGGCUUUUUCAGCCAACUUGUUCGCCCUCCUUUUCCUGUGCGCCCUCGCGAGUGUUUUCUACGUUUGGAGCGUGCUGGAGAACCGUUUGGAGCGACACAAGCGCGGGCUCCCGGUGCCGGCGGGCGCAGGCUCUUCUCGCCGGGCUCAGCCGGAGGACCUCUCCGCCAAAACUUUCCGAGCACUCCUCGCGGUCCCGGCGGCACAGAGACCGCACUCGUGGGGCGGACUCGAAGCCCCCAACCUCACUCAUCAAACCGCGAGGGGUUACCAUGUGAAUGGGGACGACAGGAGGUCAGCGCCGCGGGAGGGCGCGGUCGAGUUGGGCUCCCCGGUGGAGGAUGGGAUCUUUUGGAGCGACUGGCUGGAGGAUCUCCUCCCCGCGGGCUUCACGGAGGAACAUGCUCGGGCUUGGAGGGAGAGAGCCAGGACGCAUCGAAUCGUGAAGCUGGAGCCGGGAUGCGGCCGGGUGUCGAACCAGCUCGCCACUUUCGCGGACGGCACAAAAGCGUGCGUGCGCUACGGGAUUAACGCGGAUCAGGUGCAGGGCGAAACUUUGACGUAUUACCUGGCCAGUUUGCUGGGCAUCGCCAACCUGCCCCCCCUGGCGCUCUCCCAGCUGAGCGGUGACAGCGACCAGUGGGCGGCCGUGAGGACGCGCAUCGGCGAAUUGCAGUGGGGCGAUCGCGCCGUGGUGUCUUUUACCGAGUGGGUCUCCAACCUGACCGGGGUGGUCACGCCGGCGCCGCUCAGGCAGGAGAGCGGCGGGCUGCAUCCCGCGCUCGGGGAGCUCCGGAACAAGACGGUGGCGCAGCUGCUGGAGCUGAUGCAGUGGAGCGACCUGAUCGCCUUCGACUACCUGACCGCGAACUUCGACCGGCUCGUGAGCAAUCUGUUCAGCCUGCAGUGGGAUUCGCGCGUAAUGGAGAGGGACACCAACAACCUCCUGCGGACGCCGCGCGGGGACCUCGUGUUCAUUGACAACGAGGCCGGGCUCGUGCACGGCUUUCGGGUGUUGAACAUGUGGGAGAAAUACCACAACACGGUGCUGAGCUCCGUGUGCGUGUUCAGAAAAAGGACCACGCAGCGCGUGUCUGAGCUGCACAGGCGCAGAGACACCGGGACGAGGCUGCGGGACCUCUACAGAGACAGCGAGCCUUUGUCUCUGGAAUUGGGAUUUCUCUCGGACGAGCACGCCGGGGUUCUGCAGGACAGGAUAGACCGAUUAUACGAACACAUUUUGCAUUGCAAAGAAAAAUACGGCCAGCUGUGAACAUUCAGCAUGGCGCAGGUGAUGGAUUUGUUGGGUUUUAAAGAGCUGCGCAUGACGCGCGCGUGGCACACCUGUGCCGGACGGAUGCGCGUUACGCUAAACGGUCUUGAACACCCAGCUGAACUACCUCUUGUAAAUAGAAUGCGAUGCUUACUUUAGAAGUAAGUACAUUUGACACACGUGUUUGUAAGAUCUCCACUGUAAUGCCUCACAGAGAGGACUUACUGUCUCCCGUCCUAUUCUCCCCACCAGUGCGUAACCAUAAAGAGUGGUCGGGUAUCGUAACGCGGCCAUUACAUGUGUACUUAUUGCGUUGUGUUCUGCAAUCCUAAUGAUACACUCCUAUAAGCCUUAACGUGAGUUGACUCUUGAAUCCUGUAAUUCUGUUGAAACCUGGCUCGCUUUAUAUAAAGAACAUUGUUUGCACAUUGUCAUAGCAGCACCUGCACUCCUUUAAUUGUGUUUGAAUUGCAUAUUCAGCCUUAAAGUCACAUGUAACACUUGUACAUGUUGUAAUGUAAAUAUUAUUAUGCCAACAUAUGAUGCUCCACUAAUUUAACGUGCCGUGUAACAUUCCAGAUUAUCUUGUCCUUUUUUUGGAUAAAUACACUGUAAUUUAAUUGAACUGCUGUCAAACUCUGUGUUUUGUAAUGCAGUUUGUACUAAACUGACUCAUUGGAGCACAUCAAAUAUG